AUGGCCGUUGGAAUCCUUACCGGAUCAUUGGUCUCCGGCAAUCGGGCCGAGGUAGAGGAUUUUGCCACUAGUCCAUCCGUGGUAGAGGAUUUUGCCACUAGUCCAACAAGUGUUUUUGAUGCCAAGAUUCACUCCCCAAGUGGGCUAAAGAAUUAUGAUGUUGGUGGGGUGGGACUAGGCAUAGUGGCCGCCCUUGAAAAAUCCGGAGAGUUUGUAUUCAGUGAAAUUUCGGCCAACAAGGCUAUGUGCAGCUGGAAUUCGAGCAAAUCCAACCCUAUUCCGGUCAAGAAUUGUUCAAGAAUUAGUAGAGGUUUUGAGGAAAUGGAGGUGGAUACUAUGGAGGAUUACACUAUUGUGACUUGUCAUGAUCCAAACAAGUCCUACACUCGAGUGUAUUGCAAUGGCACAAGGGGCGACGAUUCGAUCCCCUUUAGAAUACAACAAAGUAUAAAGAGCACCCGCCCUAGUGUUUUUCACCUAUCUUCGACCGCAAAAUCUGGAGAUAUUAUGGGUUUUCUGGAUACGGAUUUUCUUAGUUCAUGCCAUUUGUGUAACAAAAAACUCCAUGGAAAAGACAUAUACAUGUACAGGGGAGAAAAAGCAUUCUGCAGCACAGAGUGUAGAUAUAAGCAAAUAGUGACGGACGAGUGCAAAGAAAAAUGCGGCUAUGAGACCUCAAGAUCAGUCGAUAUUUCAAGCUCGCCUUACACCAAUACCGAGAUUCUUUCUAAGGGAAUUCGGGCAAUAUAG